AUGGCGGACGGGGUGAUGUUUUCAGCUAGACGACACUACGAAGAGGAGACCACGAGGGGGACGGUCUUCAUCUACACCAACAACAACAACACAAGAGAUCCCUUUGUGGGGCCCAAUUACCACAUUGCUCCGCGAUGGGUGUACAACGUCUGCACCGUCUGGAUGAUCUUCGUGGUCAUGGCUUCCCUCUUCACCAACGGCCUGGUGCUGGUGGCUACAGCCAAGUUCAAGAAACUCAGGCACCCGCUCAACUGGAUUUUAGUGAAUCUGGCCGUGGCUGACAUAGGGGAGACCAUCCUGGCCAGCACAAUAAGCAUCAUUAACCAGGUCUUCGGCUACUUCAUCCUGGGACACCCCAUGUGUAUAUUCGAGGGUUACGUCGUCUCUAUCUGUGGUAUUGCAGGUCUGUGGUCCCUAACGGUAAUUUCCUGGGAGAGAUGGGUGGUGGUGUGUAAGCCAUUCGGAAACGUGCGGUUCGACGGAAAGUGGGCCACUGCUGGUAUCAUAUUCUCUUGGAUCUGGGCCAUCAUCUGGUGUGCACCUCCCAUCUUUGGCUGGAGCAGGUACUGGCCUCACGGACUCAAGACUUCCUGUGGGCCAGAUGUCUUCAGUGGCAGUGAAGACCCUGGAGUAAAGUCCUACAUGAUUACACUGCUCUUCACAUGCUGCAUCCUACCGCUGUCCAUCAUCAUCAUCUGCUACAUCUUUGUAUGGUCGGCCAUCCACAGCGUGGCCCAGCAGCAGAAGGACUCGGAGUCUACGCAGAAAGCGGAGAAGGAGGUCACCAGAAUGGUGAUCGUCAUGGUCGUGGCCUUCGUCAUCUGCUGGGGGCCCUACGCCUCUUUCGCCACCUUCUCCGCCUGUAACCCGGGCUACGCCUGGCACCCACUGGCCGCAUCGUUACCAGCCUACUUUGCCAAGGGCGCCACCAUCUACAACCCAAUCAUUUAUGUCUUCAUGAACAGACAGUUUCGUAACUGCAUCCUGCAACUUUUUGGCAAAAGGGUAGAAGAUGGCUCUGAGACAACCAGCAGCAGUACUACAGAGGUUUCCACUGCCUCCUAG